GAAGUGACGGUCUUCCUUCGUUUGCUGUGCUAAGUGAAUAAUUCACAAUUAGAAUGACCAACAAAAGCAAACUGUUGACUGUAAACAUCGACUCCAAAGUCAUGAAAAAGGCGGCGAAGGCGUUGGUCUCCAACGUACUGCUGCGGGCAGCGGGGUUGGUGGUGGGCGCCGCCUUUGAGGCGGCGCGUGUCUCCCGCAGCCUCCAGUACACCGUCGGCGCCUGGCACGCCACGGGGCCGCACACCACGAGUGUCGGGCAGGUGCGCCAGCUCCUGGCCGAUCUCUGGGUGCUGCCCGCCCCGCGGGACCCCCUCAGGGAGUGCGGCGUCCUUGCUGGUCAUGACAGCUGGUGGACGGUGUUCUGGGGCCUGAGGGAGGCGGAGGAGCGCCUCGCCUGCCUUCAGCUUAGGGUGGUGCUGGCCCACGAGGAACACGAGGCCUUCACGAGCAACCUUGUGCUGGUCUGCGUGCUGCUCUUCACGGGCAUUGCUGGCUGGGCGCUGUGUGCGCUGCGGGGAACGCGGCGACCACGGGAAACGGUGGCCGCUGCGGGCACUGCGGCGUGCACGGCGGGCCCUGAGGAGGAGGAGGAGUUUGCCUCGGCCGAGGAGGAGGAGGAGGAGUACGCCUCGGCUGAGGAGGAGGAGGAGGAGGGGGAGUAUGCCUCAGCUGAGGAGGAGGAGAAGGCGGAGUUUGCCUCGGCUGAGGAGGAGGAGGAGGAGGAGUAUGCCUCGUCUGAGGAGGAGGAGGAGGGGGAAUAUGCCUCAGCUGAGGAGGAGGAGAAGGCGGAGUUUGCCUCGGCUGAAGAGGAGGUGGAGGAGGAGGAGGUGUUUGCAUCAGCUGAGGAGAAGGUGGAGAAAAAGGAGGAGGAGAAGGAGACAGAGUUUGCCUCACCUCUGGAGGAGAAGAAGAAGAAGCCUGAGGACGCCACUGAAGUUGACACGAAGUUGCACGAAGGUGCAACCUGCACAGAAGAGAUGGCGAGCGUGACAGCUGUUCUGGAAGGCGAAGAUUCACGGCCAUAUGAGGACCCUCAGGAUGACAAGGUCGAGGACCGUCAGGAGGAAGUGCCUGACAGCCUCAGCGAUGCCUCCCAUCCGCUUCGUCCCGCCAAGCAAAACAAGGAAGUGGCGGCCAAGACAUGGGCCAAGGAGGUGGACGGCGCCUUCCCUAUCCCCGAAGAGUGCCUGCAGCACUUCGGCCCCGACGAAUGGUCCCUGGUGACCGGCCACAAGAAGAACCGAGGGAAGCACAAAGAUGCGACGGGCCAACAGGACGACACCCAGACCCGCUGCAGGCACUCAGGCACACAGGCACCACCUUCAGGCACACAGGGCCGCCCUUCAGGCACACAGGGCCGCCCUUCAGGCACACAGGGCCGCCCUUCAGGCACACAGGGCCGCCCUUCAGGCACACAGGGCCGCCCUUCAGGCACACAGGGCCGCCCUUCAGGCACACAAGGCCGCCCUUCAGGCACACAGGGCCGCCCUUCAGGCACACAGGGCCGCCCUUCAGGCACACAGGGCCGCCCUUCAGGCACACUGGGCCGCCCGUCAGGCACACAGUCCCUACCUGCAGGGACUCAGUUCCAGGGUUUUAAGAGUCAAGUCCACCCUUCAGGCGCGCGCAGAAGACAUCGUAAGCGCGCAUCAGGCACGCUGGGGCAGAAAGUGUCACCAAGAGGCCAGACUUACACUGUGGAGCCCCAGCCCGCGCCCCUCACCCAGUGCUGGGCCGCGAUGGUGAAGGCGCCCAGGCCCGAGGCGGCGGCGGGGACACCCUCCCCUCCCCACACCCAGGCCCGCCCUUCAGGCACACAGACGCACCCUGCAAGUAGUCAGGACCGGCCUCCAGGGACUCAGGCCCGCCCGGCAUGUAGCAAGGCCCUCCCCUCGGGAGCCCAGGUCCCCCCGGCAUGUGGUCAGGCUCGCCCUGCAUGUGGUCAGGCCCUCCCUUCGGGGACUCAGGCCCGCCCUGCAAACGGUCAGGCCCUCCCUCCGGAGACUCGGACCCGCCCUUCAGGCACGCGUAGAAGACAUCGUAAGCGCGGAUCAGGCACGGUGGCCCAGCGAGUGUGUCCACGGGUCCAGACUUACACAGCGGCGCCCCAACCCGCGCCCCUCAUACGGUGCUGGGCCGCGGUGGUGAAGGCGCCCAGGCCCGAGGCGGCGGUGACACCCUGCCCUCCAAACACCCAGGCCCGCUUUUCAGGAACUCAUAGUCGCCCUUCUGGCAACCAGGCCCGCCCUUCAGGCAACCAGGCCCGCCCUUCAGGCAACCACACCUGCUCUUCAGGCAACCACGCCCGUCAUUCAGGCAACCAGGUCCGCCCUUCAGGCAACCAGACCCGCCCUUCAGGCCACCAGGCCCGCUCUUCAGGCAACCAGGCCCGCCAUUCAGGCAACCAGGCCCGCCCUUCAGGCAACAAAGCCGGCCAUUCAGGCAACCAGGCCCACUCUUCAGGCAACCAGGCCCACUCUUCAGGCAACCAGGCCCGUCAUUCAGACAACCAGGCCCGCCAUUCAGACAAACAGGCCUGCCAUUCAGUUCAGGGGCCACCUCACGGUUAGUUCCACGCCUGAUGAUGAUGACAAAAGGUUCAAAUGAAGGGAGUUUCACAAUUUUCUGUAUAUCUCAUGAUUUCU